GCCAAGUGGCGGAGAGAAAGCGACGAGUCUCCAGGAAGCUCUGCAGCCGAGCAGGAGGCGGAUGGGAUAGAAAAAAAACACACACAGGCAGGCAGGCGGCUCGGCUCGGUGAAGGAGGAGUGCUGCUGCCUCUUCUGGUUCUUCUUCUGGCGAGCGGAGAGUUGUUUGGGUUCCCUUCCUUUUUUUUUUUCUCUCGAGCGGAACAUCGGCGACAUUGGUUUCCUCCUCCAGCAGCAGCAGCAGCAGCAGCAGCAGGAGGUUUGCUCUCACCUCUCGCCGUUUGUUUUAUUUUUGGAGGGGUGGAGGAUUUAAGGUGCCCUGACCGGGAAACCAGACGGAGGUGGUGGCUGCACACGGAGCUGCGUUACGGCCCCGCGGGGAAGCAUGUGAUGACUCACGCCAGGCAGAAAGGUUCCCUCCGGCAGAGCCACAGCGGUGCCGAGUGGUGGGACAGCAGCCAUCUUUGGCCACAUGGUGGCGCGAUGGGCGGCGCCUGGCCUGAGCGCACGCUACGAUUCGGCAGGACAAAGAAGAUAAGUGAGGUCGUCAAACAGAAGAAAGACGCGUCCAAGAGGAUGAAGGACAAGAAGGGACGAGCAGAAAGGUCGGAUCAGAACAGAAAGCUGGACCGGAGGCGGGUCAAGAAACGGGACAGGAAGCUGUAUCCUCUGCGAGGUCGGGCGGCCGCUUCAGACGGAGAAGGACUCAGCUGCCACGUCCUCCUCACCCGACUGGAGGAAAGCAUUCGACAAAAGGCCAUCUCUAAAGAAAAGGAAGGAAAAGAUGGCCGCAGACACUCAUCUGUCAAAUCCAAAUCCAAAAAGGGGAAAAGUAGCGAAAGAAAAGAGGCAAAGUCGUCACCAAAAACCAAAUUAAAAUCAAGCAGCCCAAGUUACAGCGAGUGUGUCGGGUUGGGAGUCCUGCAGCCUCGUAAGCGCAGACUGGCUUCUCUCAACGCUGAAGCAGUGAACAGUCUGCUGCUGGAAAGAGCCACCGACCCCCAGCCGGCCGCCAAACAAGCCAGGAGACAGGAGGAACCCGCCAACGGAGGGGCUUCCCUGGACGCAGAUCCAGCCAGAGGUGGCGUCUCUGCAGGUCUGAAGGCUUCACGGGGAAAUGUCAGUAAAGUGUCUCACGAACUUGAACUGUGCCAAAGCUCUAAGCCGGUCAAGAAGGCCAAAGUGACCCGGCGUGACGGGGGGAUGAGUCAGGAGUGUCUGGACGCUCCGGCACCCAGACGACUGGCCGGACUCAACGCCGCCGCCCUGCUGAAGCUAACCAGCUCCUCUGCUACCAGUAAGCAGAGAGUAAAAGCUGCCCCCAGCGCCACCGUCACAUCUGACUCGACCCCGAAGCAGCAAUCCAGGGUCAAACUCCAACACAAGGGACGCUUACCGAAGCAGAAGGGGAAGGAGGCGCCUCCCCCACACAGCGGCUGCUCGGCCUGCAAGAAGAAGGCGGACUUUGAGCCGAAGGUGGAGUGGGAGACCGGCUGCACCCACCGACUCACCAAACCCGGCUACCAGUCCCGCAGCAUGCUGGCGUAUCCGCUGAAACAAGUGAAGGAGGAGCAGAUGGAGACCGAACUGAGCUCUUACUACUGCUGCCCCCCGGAGGGCUCCGUGGAGUACUGCCACCGCCUGGCCUUCUUCCUCGGCCAGCAGCCCUACGGAGAGUCCGACGACCAGCCGCUGAACUCGGCUAUGACCCCUGUGAAGCGCGAGUGCCUCGUAACCUCGCCGUCGCUGACGCACUCCCACCCCCACACCGCCCUCACCCUCAGCCCUCACCCCUGCCUCUGCACCGCCGACCACUGCUUCUCCAGCUACUACGUCCACAUCGCCCACCCGACACACACUGGAACCACUUCGGCCUCGUUGGCGUCGCGACCUCUGAACUUUUCCCCCUCCGGCCUGUGCCCCAGUCGUAUGAGCGGCAACAAGCUGAUGGGCCGGCAGGUUCCUCACCCGUCGGGGUUGGCCCACCCGGCCUACUGCAACUCUUCGCCCUGCUACGGUGAAGCCUGCGGGAUCAGCGGCUACACCUACAGAGCGAUGCCUCCCGUCACCAGCAGGGGGUGUUCUUUCAGCACAGGAUGCACUGGAUGCACGCACAGCAUCAAAACAGAGGGUUACUCCUCCCCUCAGGGUGAACACAGCCCCUCUCUCCUGGUUCCCCCCUCCAUGCCCAUCUCCAGCUGCCCUCUAUCCAGCGUGCCCACGUCCACUCAGACCAAACCCCACCUGCUGACCCCGCUGUCGGGGCGGGACCAGCCCCAGGCCCGGUUAAAACUAGCCAAGGAAUGUCCACAGAGCACCAAACCCUCCAAUGGCUCGCUGUCCAUCGGACGCACAAGACUGACGGCCAAGCAGCCGUCGCCGGUGCCGAGUCUGAGCGGCACCAAGCAGAAGAAAGUGAGCCGCAGACGAGCCACCAACGGCUGGCGGCCCGUUGGGAUGCCCACAGAGAGGGAGGUCUUCAUCGCGGGAGAGGAUGAGACGGCCCUGCGGCAAUGUUAUGAAGGCGUGGAGAGGGACGGUGAAGUGAUUCGUGUCAGAGACACCGUGCUGCUACGAUCAGGCCCCAGGAAGAAAUCCCUCCCAUAUGUUGCCAAGAUAUCAGCGCUGUGGGAGGACCCCAAAACAGGAGAGCUGAUGAUGAGCCUUUUCUGGUACUACCGACCCGAGCACACCCAGGGAGGCCGAGAUCCCAGCACACACUGUGAGAAUGAGAUUUUCGCCUCUCGGCAUCAGGAUGAAAAUAGUGUGGCCUGCAUAGAAGACAGAUGCUACGUCCUCCCGCUAGCCCAGUACUGUAGAUUUUGUGCCUUGGUGAAGCGGCGUGCCGAAGGCGCCCCCCCUGGCAGUGCCAGCAUGGUGCCCUGCCGCCCCGACUUCGCCCCCCCCUCCCACCGCUGUGUGCCCACGGACGUCGACCCCGAGUUGGUGUAUCUCUGCCGGCACGUCUACGACUUCCGCUACGGUCGCAUCUUGAAGAACCUGCAGUAGAGUUCAGAAGGCCGUCGCGCUACCAAGUUAAUCGUCACGCAGCUCCUCCUGCACAGAGGAGGCGGCUGAAGGAGCCGACAGCCUUCGUCUGGUCUGCUGGGCACCUCACCAUCCGAGGGGAGGGGGACGACGACGAUGACGAUGAUGAUGAUUCGUCGAGGGGCAGAUGAAGCAAACAUUGUGACACUAUGAAGCACAGAUCCCUUUAGUUGACCACGGAGGGGUUAGAAUGUGAUCAUCUCUGUCAGAGCACCGAUAUUUCCUGGUUUGGAAGAAGGAAAAAUUCACUCAUCAGUUUUUCCACCACACUCUGAGGCUUUAAUGGAAGCUCUCGUGCCCCCCCGUCUUUGAUCCCUUUUCCCUGCCAGGAGCACCGGGCCGAGCUGGGCCGCUGUCAGCGCCGCGUUCCCCCUGAAGGAUCUUAGCACAACAAUCAUGUUUGUUCCAUUUGUAAGCCAGUGGCUCAGGGAUGGUCCGGCACUAAGGUGCUUCCGGGGAACACAAGCCUGCUCUGUCAGCUCGAUGUUAACGGUGUCCAACCAGCCGGGGUGAAGGAGCAGCUAACGGAGAGUGUCGUCUUAUUUCUCCCGAUUUGGGUUGUUGUGUGUGGGAGCGAGUGUUGUCAGUGAGGAUAAAUGGAUAAAUGUGGGCAUUUGUGAUGGUGUUUUAGGAGGCUUUCAGGCAAUCAAACCAAACAAGCAGCUUUAGAGGAAGUGGAACUCUCUCUCUCUCUCUCUGUCCGUCCCCUCUCCUGACACCGACGUUUUCAUCUCGAGUGAUGCUCAAACUGAAAUACUGCACCUGAAGGAGGGUUUGUGAGGCAGAUCCGUGCUUACAAAAGAGCAGGUCUUCUUUAACUUCACGCCAGGACACUAAAAUAACCGAUUUUAUCAGCUAAAACUCACACGAAACGGUCGAUUUGGAUCAUCUCAGCCACAGUUCUGGCUCAAAGUCGCCUCGUUAAACGGAGGCUCUGCUGAGGAUCCGUCGUUUUUGGUUGUUGGGUUUUUUUUUGUAGAAGUUUUCACCUUUACUGCUCCCUGUGACUUGCCUUAUGACUCGCAGGAAGAGCGUCAGGCAGCUAGUCUCACCACACACACCCAGGAAGUGGUAUCAGGUGAACCCGUAGUCCCAGAAAGUCAAAUGAUCAGCAGAGACAUGCAUGAAGAAAGCACCGUGUAGGGCUGCAGUCAGGCGAUCCUGGAAACUGUUCCACUCUACAACCAAAAUUCAGCACGAUAGAGAUUAAACAGCGCACAUGCUAGCAUUAUUAUCCUAAAUGCAUUCCUAAUCAACACACAAAGCUCAUAUUUGCAGCAUAUUAAAUCAUUUCGACCUGGUUAUUUUACACUAAAUUGGGAGCAAAGUAGCUGCACUUGAUAAGAAAUAGAACUAAUACAUAACUAACUAUUGAGAGAUGUACUGCAGCUGCUGUUGUUCGAUGAUCUGCCGCGUUGGUUGGUUGAGUUUUGAUGCAAAAACUGCUGUUUGCAAAGCUGACAUUCGACUUUAGUUGCUGAAAUGUUAAAUACAGUCUCCUUUAGGUUGGGUGAGUCCAAAGUCGUGAAAACACGGGGGUGUUUACAGGUGUUCUGUUCCUCCUGCUGCCAGAAAUAAUGGAUUAAUCCCAGAAAGCUGUUGAUGUAGAGCUGUUCUCUGUAAGAGUGUCCUACCAAUGAGAAGUUGGUCAGAUGCAACCGAUCGAUGAGUCAACCUGCAAAUUCGGAUUAACGUGUUUAUAACAUGUCAGAUAAUAGCAUAAAAUAUCUGCUGUGGCUCCUCAGCGAAGACUUUAAAAGCUUGUCUUCUCAAACUAGAACCGUUGAUGCAAAGAUGCUUCGUUUCCGAUCAUGUGUGACAAAGAGAAGCAUCAGAUGUUUCACAGAGCCCGACACCGUUUGGCGUAUUAACAAGAACAGUGAUCAGAUCAUGGACUCCUGACUGCAGCUCGACUCUGGUGCGGUUCUCUUGACGUCUCUGCGGCUGCUCGCCUGGUUAAUGUCUGUUUUAAUUCUACACCCAGACCGGUUUUUAUUUCUCCUCCUCCUCCUCACCCUCCCCCCGCCAAGAUAAAACCAAAGGAUGUCACACAAGCCAGAAUUCCCGUCUCCUCCCUCGCACUUCUCCUCCUCCUCCUCCUCCUCGUCAGCACUUCUGUCCUCGUUAUAUUGCACUAAUCCAUUCCUUGAUUACAACUUUUUUUUUUUUAAACUCCCGCUACUAAUAUCUUACCGUGGGCCGGGUGGGGAGUUAAGGUGGGGGAGGGCACUGUAUAUCAUUUAUGUUGUGUGAUUUGUACCUUUAUAGAAGGAACCAGUGAGGAUGUCAUGGCUGCUUUUUUUUUUGUCAGUGCAAACUGUAUAUUUCUAUUAAUUUCACCAGUAGAAGAAGUCGGCCGGCGUGUUUCUGUCAUGAUGCUGUUGAAUCCCGUUGGAAUAUAUGCGGUAUAUAUAUAUAUAUUUAUAUAUAUAACUAGAGUCCAUUCCAUUUGAUUUAUGAAUCAGCUCUGACAUAUGAAUAUACAGUAUAUAUAUAUAUAUAUAUGUAUGUAUCCACACUGUUAAUGUGAUUUUAGAUUUGAAACAGGCCUGACUUUGCUGUGCGGACAGAACCAUGUCGUAUUUGGAUCGAAGGUGUGUUGAGGUGAUUCUUUAGAGUCGUGGUGGAUUUCAAACCGCACUCUUCCAUUGCCUUUUUUUUGUUUGUUUGUUUGUUUUACUGUCACUCAGAAAGCGAGCAGCGUCAGAGUGUGUACGUACCUUUUUAGAAAGCAGAAAGAGUACCCGAUUGCUUUCCUGCACAGCAAAACGCCCUUUUUUCUUUUCUUCAACAUUGGAAUCUUUAACACACUGAAGCCAUCUUUAACUUCCCCCCUCUCUCUAUUUGAGCGGCACUAAACUAAAUCAAAUCCUGAAUCCUUUUAGUUUUAAUUUCUAUUAACCCCCAGAUUCUUCAAAGAGGUAAUAUAUAUUCUCCUACUUUACAAUUUCUCCUUAUUAAGAAUAUUUUAUUAUGUCGAUUUUCCUAAGAUGGUAUAUGCAAUAUGUUUUUUAGACUUACUAUUUUUGGAAAAUGAGCAAAACCGAAUCAAGAAAAAGAAAAAAAAACAAGAAUAUGCAUUAUUUUUAGUUUCUUUCAGAUGCGUUUUAAAUCGUCACUGCGUUAAUUGAGAUUUGACCAAAUGAAAGAAAAACAAGCGAAGGGACCUGAGGUUGUAGAUAACAUGCAGAGAGAAUCUUCCCUCCCAGGAAAUUCCUAAUGAAGUGUACAUAUCUGAAUCCAGGAAGCACCGGGCACUCUUUAAACAAGCAGACAGCCAAUGCACAGUGUAGUAUUUUUGCAAGAUCUGUAAUAAUUAUAUUUAAAGUAAGAAAAAAAAAAUAUUUAAAUGGAGUGAACAAUAAAAAAAAAUAUAUUAAGAUUUCAAUUUAACUUAUUUGGAAAUACUGUGUCUAAUUGAUAUGCUGUUUUUCUUUGUGCUCCAGGAUAGAAAGUGAUUUCUGUUCGUUUGUAACUUAAAGAGAAUAAAUGAGUGACGCUUGUCGACGGAGAUGUAAAUGUGGUUUAGUUGAUAUCAUUUCUUUGUGACGGCGGCGGCGGACCAAAGCACACACCUGCAGCAGACGGGAGAGCAGAGGCGGACGGAAACGUCUUCCUGCUCUCCUGACCGACCUUAAUCCUGCCGUUUGGGAGAACGCCGUGGUCACCUGAGCUGUUAUUGAUUCGUCCUAUUAGGGGAGAGUCAGACGGUUCAUCUGAGACGGGGCAGAGGGGACGCCACGUCCCCGGAGCUGCAGGUAGAAGCAAGGAAGUAGGUUUCUUUUAAACUUUUUGGGGGGACACUUGUUCGUUUUGAGCAUCACACAUUUAAUUUCCUGCAUUCUGGUGAAUUUUUAAGCACCGAUUUGUCCCGUUUCUGCAUCAAUUUGUAGCAAAAUUACAAAAUUCAGGCACAAUUGAGGGGAUAAAUGCACUUAUCUCCUGUUUCCCACCAAGAAAUCCAGAGUUCCCCUGAGAUGCUCACCGCUGUACCCUCCCUACGUUAAAUCACUGAGGCUUGCCAGUAAGUGUCAGAAAUUAGGGCCUGUGUGGAAAUUAUUAUGCUCCCAGCUAGUUUUAAUUGAUUUUGAGAUGUUACUGAGCUCUUCUAAAGCUUGUCUGGGUCUGACCCAAAGCUACACAGCGGAAAUAUUGACCACUUAUAUAUGAGCUUAGGGUUGUGUGUCCACUAAAGUGUAUUUUGCCAGAAAACACGCAGCUGGGAGGUGCAGUACUUCACUGCUGGUACACAAAUACACGUCCUGCCACUCAGCAGCCAUCUUGGUAAGACCUCCAGGUAGUUGCUUCAGGCUAAUACGACAAAGCUUCAGUCUAAUGAAUGGGGAGAGAGAUGUACCUGUAAUUUCAAUUAACAUAAAAACAGCAUGACUACAAUCAGAAGUCAAAUCUGACUAAAAACCCUAAAAAGUCUGGCCACUUUGCCCCAAAAUCAUGCUAAAAAGAAAGAUUUGUUUUGUUUUUACUAUGCAUGCACACAGCAUUAAGCCCUAUUUCAUCGUCGUUCAAUCAUCAUUCAACACUUCCAAGUGAAUGUGACAUGUGACUGACGGAGUAUUCGAGAAAUUGGAUGUUGACUAGAAAUCAACAUGAAUUGGCUCAGUGUAGAACAGACGCUAAAGCUUGUUAUAACGCUGCUGGAGUUUUUACUAAACAUGAAGCACUCCAGUUUUUCCAGAAUAAAAAGCUUCGGUGGACGCACCAACCUCAGGUCUCUGAUUCUUACAUCUGAAGGUGCUCUUACCAUCAGGACCCCUCAGCUUUGGAAGAACUUGCCUGAGUAUAUAAGGCUGCAGAAUCAGUUAUUUCUUUUAAUUCGCAUCCUAAAACCCAUUUAGUUAAUUGUUUUACCCUAUUUAUUUCUCUCUCUUUGUUUAAUUGAAAGUUGCAGCCUUGGUCCAACACAGUAAAUACACUGCUCUGAUGUAAUUCAAUGUGGAGGACCUUCUUGUUUUUUUUGUAAAUUUAUCUUCAGCUCAGCCUAAUAAUUUCCACCCAAGUACCUAAAAGAGCUCCCCGUGGGCUCACAAGAGAUUUAGAGUUUUAACAUAAUUCAAGAGUGCAUCCUCUCCCUCCCUCCAUCCACAUCAGCUGACCACCGCCGCCUUUCUCCCAGAUGUGCAUUGACCUGUUUGCCCCCUAGAGGGCAGGAAUCCUGAGUGUGCAGAAAAAAAAAAGUCUCAUCAUGGCCACAUCUUUUAACGUGUUCACCACCAGCUUCCUCCUCCUCCUCCUCCUCCUCCUCCUCCUCGCAUCCACGUCUUUUAUUAUUUUGCUACUGAGAGCGAUGCAGGAACGUGAGGAAGAGCUCGGCCGGGCGGCUGCCGUCCUCCCGGGUGUCUCGGCCGGCCUUUGCAACAAAGCACGAGGCUAGAUUGUGUGUUCGUUUCGCCCAGAAGCUUUGCAUGGACGCAGUUGCAUCCUCCGUCGCCAUGACAACAAGGCAGGGCCAGCACUCUGGAGGGGAGAGUUAGUUUUUACUGAUGCCACGCCGGAGGUGUGUUCACUGAAGCACCUGACCAACCCGUGAGAUUCUGCUUUGUGUGUGGUCUGUACUGAUGCUUAUUGUUGACAUAUAUUUUGAUAUAUUUGGGGGGAAAACCCUGAGAGGGGGGAUAUACAGUAAUGGAAAAAAAAAAAAAAAAAGUCUAGAUAUUUUUGGAGUAGAGAAGCAAUGUGUGUAUUGUCACUUUGUCAUGCUUUCUGAGAAGCUCUUGGAUUUUUUUGGAAGAAUUAUAUAACAUCCCGACUGAUUUAAUGUUCCAUUGAGAGAAUAUUUAUAAAUUUUAAGUCCUUUGUGAAA